UUUAGAUUGAGGUUAUGUGUAUUGUAUUUAGUUUAUAAGCAUAUAUUUUAGUACAUACAUUUGUUUUCAUUUUACUAAUUUUUGGUAUCUUCUGUAAUUUUGAUCCUCAAUUUCUUCAAUUAAAAACAUUUUUCUCAAAGUUGCUACCUUCAAAAUGGUUUCUGAAAGUUCAAAUGUAACUACAAUGUCCCACAACCUCCAUGGCACAUUUAUAUCAGAAAAAAUUAGCAAAAUUCGUUGGAAGCCUGAGACCUUAGGUGAAUCACAUUUUUUCAUAACAGGUAGUGUAGAUAAUGAUACAAACAAAAUCCGACUUUGGGAUGCUUAUGAAAACAUUGAAGAAGAUGAUGUUUAUUCUUUUAAUGUUGCUGAAUAUCCCUACUGUGGGGAUGUAACAGAAUUAAAGUUUCUUAAUUCUGAGUACUUUGCCAGCAGUUCAUCGUCUGGUUCGGUACAUUUAUUCUCAGUGGCAGUAUCAGAUGUAGGGGAAUCAUAUAUUAAACAUCACAGAACAUGGAAAGAUAUACAUUAUUUUAAAAAUAGUGAACCAAGUCCCUCUACUGCUUUGACAUUUCAUGAAAAUGAUAUAGUUACAGUUGGGGAAGAUGGAAGAAUUAAUGUCUUAAAUGCUCAGUCAGAAAAUAUUGUUAGGACGAUUGAUAAUGCAGACAGUUGUUCCAUUCAAUGUGUAAUAUUCAUCAGGCAUAAUGAAGUACUUACUAGCAACCUGAGGGGGCAAAUGAAAGUUUGGGAUUUAAGAUCCAAUAGUAAUAAGGCGGCUAGUACUUUUAUGCUAAGCGGGGAUCAGGUUACACCUACUUGUUUGACCUUCUAUCCUACUCAAAGACACAUAAUUAUUGCAGGUGAUGAACUGGGAGCUCUAACAUCGUGGGAUCUUAGAGUAAACACAUAUCCAGUAAAUGUAUUAAAUGCUCAUGAGGGAUCAAUCUCAGAGAUAUCAUUUCAUCCUGAUGAUCCUGAUCAUCUUUUUACCUGUUCUAGUGCUGGAGAAUUAUGGCAUUGGUCUACUAAAAAUAAAAACAAAUAUUCCAUAGAUUUGCAGCAGGAGGAAUCAAAUGUUUGGCUCGCUCCAGAGAACGUUAAAAAUAAAAUGGAGGUUCUUACUCUUAUGCCCACACUAGCAAAGCCCAUUAACACUUUGGAUAUUAGUAAUUGUAAAGUUCUAUGUGGAUGCGAUAAUGAGGCGAUUUAUUUGAUUAAUGGUGUUUCUCUUUAAGUAUAUCUGUUGUUAUUAUACAUUGCAUUUGAAAUAAACUGAAUUUAUAAGUAA